AUGGCUCCUGCUCGACAACAACCGGCGCCACCGCCGUUCAGCAAAGAUGAAAAAGUGCUCUGUUUCCACAUGGACAUGCUCUACGAAGCCAAGAUUAUGGAUGUUCAACCAGGUGAGAAGCCCAGUGACGGAUACAAGUACAAAGUCCAUUACAAGGGGUGGAAGAACACCUGGGACGACUGGGUGCUGGUUGACCGUAUCCGGCCAUUUGACGAUGAGCACAAAGAGCUGGCUGCACAGUUGCACGCGCAGUUGAAGCAUAACAUCCAACGAAGCACUAAGCAGCCGAAAAAGGGCCUGAGAAGUGGUGCUGAGUCUGCUAGAGUCAGCGAGGAGCGAUCAGGCUCUGCCACUGUUCAAGGAGGCAGGGGAGGAAGACGAGGCAAAGACUGGGAAUUGGAACAGAUCAUCCCACUCGAUGCUUUGUUUGUUCUUGUUGCGAGUGUUCUCCGGCAGUUCUGGGUUGUGAUAUGCAAAAUUUGGCCUAGUUGGCCCUUUGCAAAACAUUGCGGCGUCAUGGAACCGACGGGCGGCCUUUCUGCUCCGCAAGGCUUUUUCCCUGUCUCGAAUGUUCGGGGCUCUCCUGAUUUGGCUCAGCCUGGCAAGUCGAUGGAUUCCUUCAAGUCCUCUAAGAAGGUCAAGUUGACCGACCUCAAAGAACCCAAGGACCAUCUCACUCUUCUCCCCUCUAGUGGUCACCGCUAUGUAACCGAGUCGGGUAAACUGAUCCAUGAUGAUCGCUACGUUAUGCCCCUGACUGUCGAAGACGAGCCAAAGCAGCCACGUCAGAAGCCCCUCAAGCCUAGUGCCAAGCCCAAGCCGCGCUCAUGCGACCAGCUCGAGACGGAGGAUGCUUUCCACAACAAACCUAUGAUCAAACUCCCGGUGCCCGACCACAUUCAAGCGAUGCUGGUUGAUGACUGGGAAAACAUCACCAAGAACAACCAGCUUGUCCCUCUUCCUCACAAUAAGCCAGUCACCAAGAUAUUUGAAGACUAUCUUGCCCAUGAGCGUCCACACCGCGAAGAGGGAUCGUCCAGCAUGGACAUCUUGGAGGAAGUCGUCGCAGGCUUCCGCGAGUACUUCGAGAAGGCUCUUAGCAGAAUCCUGCUAUAUCGUUUCGAGCGCCAUCAGUACAUGGACCUCAAGAAGCUCUGGGAGAACACUGAGGCGAAUCCAGAAAUCACCAAUGUCUGCGAUGUCUAUGGCGCUGAGCAUCUUGCUCGACUAAUUGUCUCUCUCCCCGAACUGUUGGCGCAGACCAACAUGGACCAGCAGUCCGUGUCCCGUCUUCGAGAGGAGAUAGGAAAGUUCAACGUCUGGCUAGGACGUAACUGCGAGACAUAUUUUGUCAAUGAGUACGAGACUCCCAGCCAGGAGUAUAUUGACAAGGCUCGUAGCUUCUGA